UUUUCACGACCCAUACACGUUUAAGACACUUUACAUUCACUACGUUUGGUCAAUUCUAGAGUAUUGUAGCUCCGUUUUUUCUCCGUUUUCCAAUGCAUACAUAAACAGAAUCAAUACCAAAACAAUUCUUAUUGUAUUCGUUCCGUAAUUUAAAUUGGACCACUUUCCCCCCCUCCGUCUUAUGAGGACCGCUGCAAGCUUAUAAAUAUCGAUACAUUAAAGGCGCAUUGUGAAUUUGCAAUGAUUUCAUUUGUUAACGACAUAGUUUCACAACUUAUUGACUCCGCCAAACUCUUUUCAAAACUAUUGUGCCUUGACAAUUGACAGGAUAAUUAUUAUCCUGUCAAUUGUCAAGCAAGGAGGGGUGCAGUGGGGUGGUAAUGAUGAGAAACUGAUGGUUCAAAUUGCUAAAUUGCAAACAUGUGUGUGACACGCAAAAAAUAACCACGCUAAUAAUUUUCGCGUGGGAGUCAAAAAAGUGGAACCUCCGCAAUAAAUGUAUACGCACUUUUUAGAAACUUACACGUUCGAAGUUCGAACACUAUUUGCCACUGAUCAUUAUCGAACCAAUUAUGCUGAAUUCGGGCCCAUAAAUCAAAUGUUGGUGUUAUACAAUCAGCAUUGUAAUUUUAUUGACUCCUCGAUGAAUUGAAGCAAAAUUUUGAGGCAACGCGCAAUUUCAAUUCAUAUUAAUAGAAAGCUUUCCAAAAACUGUUUGUAAAUGUAACAUUAGGGUAAGGUUAGGCUAACAUUGUAACUAUCUCUCUUUUUGGCCAACUUUCUGACCCGAACCAAAAAUGGCUGCAUCAUAGAUACAUAACCUCAUUUUUUGGGACUUUUUAAUCGUAAAUUUAAAAGCAUGAGUACUUGUUGGUUAAAUAACAAAUUGCAAUGCUAUUCUAAGCUGACAUUAUCUCAGAAAGAGACUACACGAGUUCAACAUAGAAAUAUAUCGCUAGUUUUACAACUAAUUGUGAAAACACCCACAUGCAAGAAAUAAUUUCCACAGAAACUCGUACAACAUCACCGCCUGAACUCAACAAACUUAGCUAGCUCAGUUGAAACUCUUUCCCACCUAAUCCGUUUCAUCAAACCCGAAACAUAAUCUCCGCACGUGUAUAUAUGCUGCCGACAUUCCACGACGGCUUCAGAAUCAGAAACCAUCUUCAAAACAGAAUGAAGGCACACAAAGUGAGAAUGAAUGAAAUUGCUUUUUUCGUGACUGUAUGAAUGAAUGAAAUAAAAAGGAUUCUUCCGUAAGCAACAAACAACCGUCUCGGUGGGCAAAAAACAUACCCACCCUAAGGAAAAGCUAAGAUACCUCGCGCCAUUGUUAGAUUUAGUAAAUGCAACUACCACUUGUAGUCUCUGGCUCGGAAAACUCCCUAAUUCGCCGCAUCAUUAGGAAAAAUCCUCUGAGCCGGCGGUGCAAAGCUAGGAUGUCUCGCAUUUAGAAACCCGUCGAUGAUUUCAAAAAGCCAUGGACUACCGCCGGUUUGAAAGCAUUUUAGCCGCAAGCCCGUCACCACGUCCUUCGUCGUCUUCCUAUAAGGUCCAUCCUGCGGAUUCACCGCAGAUUUGCGGCGUUGGUGACACCAGCCAGCAGCAGCCAUUUCGUCGCAGUCACUCGAUGCGGUCGUCCUUCACCUCACUGCGAAGCCUGAAAACACGCCUAAAACAUCCCACUGUGGCUGCUAAAUAUAACCAACUAUCACCUCCCAGAAGGGACUUUCAUCACCACCAUAACCAAAUACCAUCAGCGCAUCAGUCGCACACACUGACCACUGCGGCAGCGGUGGCUGCUAAAGCGAAUCUGAAAAGCAAGCUACAAAAGCUAAAAGAAACUUAUGCUGAAUUCAAACUGUUGCAAUCAUCCUCGUCACAAUCUAGUCAUGAAACCAAAAAGCAAACCUAUCUCGUAGCGACGAAGAAUUCCACUUUCAAAAUUCCGGACCAAAUGCCACCAAAGGCGGCUGCCCUUUUGCUGGACGGAUCCACUCGACACAAAGUUAAACGAACACAAUCUCUGCGGGUGAACAGCGAGCCUCGAUAUGCCGCCAUAAUCGGAGGCCGACUUGAGCAAACGCUCACUACGGAAGAAGCUGCGCCACCCCACAACAGGCUAACGGUGCGUAAGGCUAGCUUGGGGUGUGGACCAUCGCAAUAUACCCGAGAGGCAGCGAAGGAUGAACCCCAAGGCGAAACUCUAACAGUUACGAAAACAGCAACCAUUCGGAAAAGUUCAGUUUGGGCCAACAGCAGUAGCAGUAAAAUCAGUUUACCGGAUGUGGUGAGUCGGUCGUUAUCGAACGUCGGACUUUCGGACUGCAGCGUUAUUUGUCCAACAACUAGCAAGCGGGCCGAGGAAAAUGACAUACCUAUUUCGGCACAGCCCCAGUACGGCAGCAGUUUGCUAGAUGUCGCCACCAUAGAAUCAACGCUCACGUCCCCAACGCCAUCUACACUGUCGGUGCCGCUGGAGCUCAGCCAUGUCGAUGAAUGCACUCGAAAUCUGAGCCGAAUGACCAGUGCCAGCUCACCGAAUCUCAGCUCGGUUUCAGCGAAGAAGAUGGAAUAUCUACUACCUCACCAGCAGCAUCCGCCGGGCUCGCAACCUGCAGUACCACCGAGCAAACGGCAAAUCUCUCCAAAAAUCAUUAAGAAAACUCGUCAUCUAUCUACCAGCUCUGCAGACGACGAAGGCCACCCGAGCAGCCCCAAAGCAAUCACCCAUCGAGUCGGAAGCCUCAUCGAGACAAACAACAACAUUAACAACAACAACAAUAGUUUUGCAAAUAACGUCGGAACUACGAUCGAUGUACUUGCUAGCACUACCAAACCGGCGGGAGACCGCGGCACAGGGUCGAAUUUUCCGAAUCAUCCUUACUGGAAGCACAAAAUUACCAAAAAGCAACACAAAAUGGCCCAGGCGCAGUUGGAUAGGCUGACACAAAUAAAUAUUCAUUUGCAUGCCCUAUUUGCUGCGGUCGAGCAUGGCCAUCUGGAGAAGGCUCGUACGAUUCUUGAGAGCACAGACGUGGACGUCAACAGCCUGAACAGCGACGGUCUAUCUCCCCUCGAUGUGGCCGUUCUCAGCAAUAAUCGAUCUAUGACGAAAAUGCUGCUACAGCACGGUGCCAUCGAGAAUGCCCAUACGAUCCAAGCGGCCAACAAUAACGUCGGACUGCAUUUGAACAAUCUUCUGUGCGAGGCCGAGACCACCAUCCAUGAACUGGGAAACUUCGACGGAAGCCAACCGGGCCAUCAACAUCAGGGUAGCGGUGGCAUCAGUGGGGUUGCAGGCAAGACGACCUUCUCGAACAUUAUCGCAGGAAGUGGGGGACCAUCGGUUACGAGCUGUACCGGUAGUGAUGUCGACAAGCAGGUCGGACUUUGGGAGCGUCGGGUCAAAGGUCUUCGAAGGAUGAUACUGGGCUGGGAUCAAACUAAGCCGCCCGAUUUACCCAAUCGGAUAGAAAUCGAUGUAACCGGGUGCAGCUCAGUUAGUCUGAGGCUGUAUGAACCACUUGAAGGUGCCAUAUCAACCAAGUUCAAAGUGCAAUGGUCAUCCCGCUCGGACUUCAGUAACAUAGUCGGUGAGCGAGAAGUCAACGAAUGGACCAGCUUCCACGGCUGUAUGGGUGCGGUGUGCAAUCUGAACGAACUGAUACAGGGUCGACGGUAUUUCUUUCGUGCGUCUGCUGGGAACAUCAAAGGCUGGGGCUCUUACAAACUGUCCACGCCAAACUGCGUCGUUCCAUCCAGCUGGCGAGACCUGGGGUGUCGCGAGAACCGUUUUGCCGGGAAGCAACGUAACUUGGAUGAUCUGUUCAAUGCGGUCCGGCUAGCUCGACCAGAUGAUGCUUCCGAAAUUGCCCUAGAUACAGUGAUUCCGGCAAAACGACCCAUCAAAAAGAAAACCACAAUCAAGCAGCUUUUUUCGGCAGCGUCCAAGUUUCAGAAAAAUAUGAAGAGGGGUAUCUACCUGGCCUGCGUUCUGUACCACGAAGACAAACUGCUUCUCACCAACGAAGACUUCGUACCGGUGAUAGAGAUCGAUGAAACGUUCACUAGCAACCUGCACACCGAUUUCUAUUGGAUGAUGAAGGUUGCCUGCACGUGGGACGACGUGAAGCUACUACGGAUGGACAUGGAACGUAACGCUUCCUCUGCAAUUCACUUUCGAACGAAGCUGCUGUCGGCUGCCUGCCAGAUGCAAGCCGCCCUUUCCAUUACGGACCUAGGUCAAUUAUACUACAAACCGCUACGAGACGUGCACGGCACCGUGGUGCUAUCCUGUGUUAAUUGCAUAAAGAGUCCCAAAAGUAUAUCAGUACUGAACUCACGUUGGAUUCCACUAAAUAAAAUCCACAAGAAGCUCGCCGUCUCGAGUGAGGACAGCAGCAUCAACGAGUUGCUAAUGAACUCGAUUCAAGACCAGAUCAACUAUCAUCAAGUGUCCAAUAUUCGGCUGCCGCGGGGCCUUUACAUUGGUUAUCUUAAGAUGCAAAGCUCGGUGGAGGUAAUCCAGGUGGUGGUUCCGGUGAAGGCCCCGAACGUACUACCGCACUGCAAGGUUCGCGAUAAUCCGCACGUAUCAGCGGAGGAAUGGGAACUCAUCAAGCAGCACAAACAGUCCAGUUUGCUGGAAUUUCGACCGAAAACCCAGGGCCCGACCGAAGUUCAGUUUCAUUUUCUGGAAAUAUUAACCAAAGCCGUGCACAAUCUGUUCCAGUACAUGGACAUUUCGAUAGACGUUGCAGUCGCUCAUCGGCUGUACGACGUCGAAGUGAUUGAAUUGAAUCACGAUGUGAGUUUUCUAAUUGUUUGCCCACCGGCAGAGAGUAGCUGUGCAGUGCCAGGCCAGAAAGACGUUCUACUUCAGCGGGGUGAUUUGUUCUCGAUGCCGAUUCAGGCCUUCGAAAUGAUUCAUCUGAAAACCUACCAGAGUAAUAUCGUACAGAAGUACUCACGGUUAUCCUGCAUCUUGGAGUUAGACACUAUGAUGGCGAACCAUUUACAUAGGGAAGCAUUUAGUACGUUGGAGCUCCAAAAAGCGAAGGACCGUUUAGCUAAGUUACAGGAUUUAUCCACUGGGUUAAAUACAAUUUGGAAAGGCGUACGCUGGUUGAUGGAUGUGAUAAGCUAUGCAAGGGAUCGGGCUAACAUGCCAGAGUUAAAUAUGAAACAAAUUUUGGAUUACAAAAGCGCGUACUUCGGGAAAAAGGUAUCCACAAACGUCGACAAAAAGGGUGGCAGUGAACCAAAACUAUUGCAACCCCCUGGUUGUCCACCUGUAUUCCACAAAAGUAGUCCAGGCCGAGGUUCAUGGCCUGGACCUACGGCUGAGAACUCCCUAGGACAAAACGGCCUACUAGAUGCCGAAUAUUCCAAAUCCGAGCAGCUAUUAAAGUACAACAGUCAACGCUUUUUAGAUGUUAGUAACGUCAAUUCACGAAAAAACAGCGCUGACUCUGCCUACUCAAACUCAGGCAACAGCUACUAUUCAGUAACAGGAGUGGAACCGGAAAAAGAGUUCGUCGUCCCACGAUUACCACCUUCUCGUUCGGAGGACACAUUGAAUAUCGAAAAAAAGAAAACUUCCGAACAAUCCACCAAUAGCAACAAGAAACGGCCGCCAACCAUGUAUUCCAGUUAUUCUGCAACUUCCAGUCCACUAUUGAAUGUCCGAUCGCCUUUCACAGCCCCGAUUGCCACCGCAACAAAACCCAACACCAACGAAGACAUGGAAAAUCAAAGCAUUCAGCCAUCACUGACCAAGGUAGUGAGCAAGAAACCUCGCGAACAGGCUCUCAAAACUCUCAAUCAAAUCGAGCCUGAUUACGAACCGAUCGUAACAACCUACUUAAAGCCUACGCUAACCGCGCUGCAAAACGAGGCGAAGGGCUAUCAAACCGCACUUCAUAUAGCCGAAGAACCCGCGAAGCACCUCCAGCAACUUCCACCCGAUGUUCUCGAUCACCGAACGGUACCUGAGCCAACCAUACCAGAUUUGGCUCAAUCUUCUCAACGGCGUCCAAUUGCGCCUGGUGCAUCAGAGUCGACCAGUGCCGAAUCAGCAAAAUCUUCAGAAUCUGGAGGCACCGGUCCCGUGACCACAAGCAUCGUUCAGGUCUACGCCGCCUACGAGACGGGACUGCCAAGUGGAACUUCACUAAAGUUACGAGUCACGCAGAAAACUUCCGCUAGGGAAGUGAUCGAUCUUGUGGUGAAACAGCUCAACAUGGCGGUUGUACUGAAGGGUAAAGAAGGGCCCAUCUACGCAGCUGAUAAGUUGGAAAAUUUCUGCCUUGUCGCAGUGAUCGGUGCCAGAGAACGCUGUUUGCGAGACGACUUUCGUCCGCUUCAGCUGCAAAAUCCGUGGAAAAAAGGGCGCCUAUACGUUCGCCAGAAGCAUGAUCUGCUGGCGGCCAUUGAACAUUCCAACCGCGAUACGGCCGAAAUAUAGUAAUAAUGUUAACGGGUACGCGCGCGUGUGUGCAUGUUUGUGUAUUUCAGUCUUCUGUAAACUAGUGACUAUCUCUUUCUUAGUGCUACACAUAGAUAUAGACUUAACCGAACAAAAAUGAGACAACAAUGAAAGACACCGAUGUGAUAGAUUCUGUUUCGUAAGAUAAAAGUAGUCUAGCGCAAAUCUCUAGCUCUCUAUAUUUUAGAACAACCGUUAUUGAAUGAUAGAUGAUUUUUAAUUUUUUGGUAAAAACAAUGACUAUAUUAUGCUUUGGAAAAAUUUAGCAGACCCCGAUCUGUAGAAAAAUACUUGUAAUGCUGUAAGAUAAAUUCCGGACAUCCGCAUUUAGCAGCGAAUUGAUCAAGCAAAAAUACCAAAAAUUAACAAAUUUGAUCGAAUUGUACAUUAAAAGCUUUGCAGCAUUAUUAAAAUCAGCUGAUUCUCAGUUUAGCAGUAAGUUUGUUUUUAAAUUUAGAAGAAAUCUUUUUGCAAUAGAAGAAAACUUGGCUUGUGUUCAAAAUUAAAUGUUUCGCGGUUUAAGUCGCUUUGCCGGGUUGCCAGUUCAAAUUUAUCAGCGUCCAUUCCUAUUUUAUCAUAAUUUUUUAAGAUAUGAAAUGUUGUACGCAAGUAGUAAAUACAAAAUUACUAUUAUUUUUCAAAGUUUAGAUGCGAGGUAGAACUUAGCACGAUUUUAGUAAGCUGACAUGGAAAAAGUAGCCCAAUAAAUAGCAUGAAACGUUUUCUAUCAGUGUAUCCUGACACUAGGUGUGUCGUGUGUAAGAUUAAAUAAAACUGAAACUGUUAUACUUAAUCUCAUGUAUUUUUGUCGUGACUGAUGAAUGAAGUCAGGCAUUAACUACAUUUUUAUAACGGUGUUUUACAACAGAUUUUAAAAAAUAGUAGAAAGGUUAGAAUAUAGAUAUCGAUGCGGUGUGAUAUUUUAAGCGAUAUUUUAGCUAUCUUGCAUGAUCCACUUCAGACAUCCCUACUACCAUAGCAUAAACAUCAGGAUCCUUGAUCUUUCUGGCUCAUUACUCUCGUAGUAAAGAUCUUCAGUAACCAAGUGACACGCAACAGCCCCAGCAGCACGUAUACAAAAUGUGAAGGCAUAUAACUCUAUCUACAGACCAAUUGAAACAGCCAUAGGAUCCGACAGCGAAGAAGAAACAAACGUACACACUGGCCAUAAAACGAUGCAUUACUUUUGUUUAACACCCUGUUGGACACCAGUCCAUUUGUGUUAUAAAACAAAAUUUCAUUUUCCUUAUCCCAACCACCUCCGCCUCAUCAACGCAUGCAAUGCAAAGCAAACACUUCACUGUCUAUUUUCACAUACUCAAUUUGGCAUGAUCGCCAAUGUGAUAUCUGAUAUUUUCACAUAUUUCCUUGCACAACUAAUUAAAGCUACCUUAUCGCUCGAAGGUGAAGCUCGAAGUUCUUUCUGAUCCAAUCAGAUACUUCAAUCAACCCUUCUUAAUAAGCAUGAAUCGUGCAUUAGGCACACUUAUUUUGCUAGUACGUCAUCUUCUGCGAGGUUGGAAGAUACCCUGGUUUGAUCAGAGUUUACUUCGAACCAACCAACUUCAUAUAAUCUUCGUUAUUUAUAAUUUUUCUACACUUUCGUGUUUACACUUUGAUUAACUCCAUAUGCCCAAAGUUUCAUUACUUUCUUCUGCCAUUCUCCUCAUCUGAUGUGCACCACCGUUAUAAAAAUCACUGAAACUGUUGUUAUUUAUACGAUAGAAAUACAAAAAAAGGUCCUUUAGCAAAAAUGACUGUUGUUAAAAUAAUUAGAAGAAAAAACUAAUAAAUUAAAUUAGAUUGCAUAUGCAAGCUAUCUAUACUCAGCAUUAAUACCGAAAUGAAAACAAACAAGUAACAUUUGCAAAAAGCUCCUAUUACCGCCGGCAGUUCGCGAUGAAACAUUCAUUUCAAAUUGGUCACUUUUGUGGAAAAUUAAUAAACUGAACAAGAAACAUGGCAGCGAAAUUGAUCUUGACGACUGUAGUUGGAGCCUUUAGUGUUAUGUUGUCACACAAAAUCAAACUCUCAUAUGAUAAAUAAUGUAAUGGAAUCAAAAAAUAAUUUACAUACGUCAGGGCUUAUUACCACUGGUUUGAGACUCACAACGAGCUUAUCCCGCCGCAAAGCGAUAAAAUUGAUUCUAUUCUAUACUGAACACACUUUCCCCUACGAAAAAGAACAUCUCGUACGUGUACGUGGAUAUUUCAGCUCACAAUGCUGCUGCGGAUAGCUCUUAAGUCUGAUGAGCUACCGCGCGAGUUACGGAAAGGCGUAAUUUUCUGGAAAACAAAAUCAUGUAAAUAAAUCGGUAUUUUAACUAGUAAUAACAAAUAAAAACGAUUUAAGAAAGGCCGCAGCUGGGACCUACAUGGAUAUUACACACCAAUCACGUAACCACAAGCAGAAAUCCCAACAAAAAUAUGUAGAUUUAAAAUCUAUAAGA